AUGGAUACGCGGUCCGACCACAACCCCGAUCACAAGCCCAAGACCAGGUUGAAUCUGGGCUAUUGGAGACUCGAGACGCCGCGGGCAUCCUUUGCAACACGGGACGGCUGGUCGAACGAAGACGUCGAUGUGGUGGCGCCUGAUAAGAGAACAUGGAGAGAAAUCGAUUACCUCUGGCUGUGGCUGGCAGACGGUGCAAACGUGGGGACAAUGCAGCAGGCCGGGUCAAUUCUUGCUUUGGGACUCAGUUGGCGUGAAGCAUCUGCAGCAAUUGCUAUUGGGAACAUCCUUAUCGCCUUGACCGUGGCCUUGAAUGGUGCCAUCGGAUCCAUCCACCAUGUUCCCUUCUCGAUUGCCUCGAGAGCGUCGAUGGGCUUCUACUUUUCGUACUUUGCUGUGGUAUCUCGACUUGUGCUUGGUUUGAUAUACUUUGGCAUCAACACCUACAUCGGAGCCUCGUGCAUGCUCAUCAUGCUCGAGUCCAUUUGGCCGAGCCUUAGAGAACUCCCAAACACGUUGGCGGUAUCCUCAAGCAUUUCCAGCAAUAAGAUGAUUGCUUACUUUGUCUUUUGGAUCUUCCAGUUCCCUCUGUUGCUGAUAAACCCGAGGAAGAUGAAGUGGCUCUUCUUGACCAAAUCAGUCUGCGCUGUGGUAGCUGCCUUCGCUAUGCUCGGUUGGGCAGUCAAGACGGGCGGAGCUGGCCCUGUUUUCUCGCAGCCUUCAAGCGUAUCCGGCAAUGCCAAAAGGUGGGCUUGGGUGAUGAGUAUAAACGUGGCUUCUGACCUCACUCGCUACGGGAACAAGCCAUCAGUGGCAUACUGGCAACUUCUCUUCAUUCCCGUCGUCUACUGGUCGUUCUCCUUCAUCGGCAUAGUCAUCGCAUCAGCCGGCCAGUCUAUCUACGGCACUUUGUACUGGGAUCCAACCUCUAUCAUCGGUCUCUGGACAAAUCGUGCUGCUGCAUUCUUCUGCGCUUUCGCAUUUGGCCUCGCGACGUUGGGCACGAAUAUCUCUACAAACUCUAUCGCAACAAGCAAUGACCUGGCAUUCCUACUACCACGGUGGCUGAAUAUCCGGAGAGGAGCGGUCGUCACCGCCUUUAUCGGAGGCUGGGUGACCUGUCCGUGGGAAAUUCAGGCCAGCGCCAAGAGUUUAACAACGUUCCUCAGCGGGUAUAUAAUUGUACUUGCUCCAGUGGUGGCUAUAAUGAUCUCCGAUUACUGGAUUCUCCGUUCUCGCAAGCUCCACAUUCCCAUGUUGUAUCAGAACGACGGAAUCUAUAGAUACUCAUACGGCGUCAACUGGCGAGCCUUGGUCGCUUUGCUGGUAGCGAUUCCCGUCAACCUUCCGGGCCUUAUCCACGCUAUCGAUGCUAAAGUCGACAUCGGGAACUACUCAUACUUUUACAAAGCAUCGUGGUUGACAGCAACGUUCAUAUCGACGGGUAUAUAUCUGGCACUGAGUCUUGCAUUUCCAUACCAGACGCUUCGAAUUGAAGAUUUGUCUGAUUACAAUGAGGACACGGCUCUCGAUAGUAGACAGGUUGACAACGUGUUGGCUCGGGCGGACAAGAAUCAGCUGAUCUAG